AAUUGUUUACCCUCAUGAUCAGGUGAAUGUCUUGACCCGUGGAGAGUGUCUCCUGACCUCUUCAAAGAUAAGAACAUUAGACCUGGUAACUGUCCCCUGGUUAAAAGAAGAGCAUCUGCUAUUUCCAAGCUGAACCAGAAGCGCACAAAGGAACAGGAGGAGAGGCGGCAACUGAGACUUGCCAGAACUUACAAGAAUAAAGUUAACAAGUUAAAGAAAAUGGGUAUUAACCUCGACCUGGGACUACCAGAGAUCAUGCCACAGCCUGAUAGCACUGAAGUUACUGAAGAUAUGAUCGAAGAUAAAACAGAAGUCUGUGAAGAUAAGUUGCAACUUACAGAGGAGCAGGACGGGCUGAUAAAAAAUGUGCAGGAUGAAAUUGCAGCUGAGAUAAAGGGAAGACUUGUGGCAAAAAAAGCAAAAAAGAAAAAGGGUAAGAAAUCAGUUGGACAAGUUAGUAAGGAUGUGACCCAUGAAGAAUGUGUUGACGAGAAUCUUCCUUCAAGCCCAGUAGAUAAAGAUACAAUACCCACUCAGAUGAAGAUGUGUUCUACAAAGAAAAAUACUCUCUUGAAAACAAAAAUUGCUGUUAAAAAACACUUUCUCAGAGAAACAGUUCAGAUUCAGCUGUUGCAGUUGAAAAUUGUUCCUAAGAUAAGUUUUUCUACUGAUACAUCUGAGCAAAAUGAGGAGCAGACGAUUAAGGAAAAAUCUCCAAUGAGUGGAAGCUAA